AUGAGCGACCAUGGAGGGCCAGAACAGGCCGCGGAAGAUCGCUCGAACGAGGCCGAGCAGCAGGAAAACGGUGUAGCCAAUCAUGACCCAAGCAGAAGUGACACCCAUAAUUACGAAAAUGGCCAAGGAGAGAACGUAGCGAACGACCAGCCCCCACUGAUAGAUAACGAUGGCAUGACGAGAGGCCCCAUGUCCAGCGCAGGAAUCCCGACACUACCCAGUAACAUGAACCUCUUUAGUAACCAUCAGGGUCCCCCUAACAACCUAUAUUACAACAUGGCGCAGUACGACAUUAACCCGAAUUUGAUCGAGUUGCCUGAAAAGGGGAAAAACGCCCCCACUUCAUCAGCGCCCGCAGCGGCAGGAGCAGGAGCAACGGGGGCGAGCUUCGUGAACGGCAUGAAUUCGUUUCCUCCAAGCAUGUCGAACUUGCCACCCAACAUGCUGAACAUGCCGCCCCUCAUGAGCAGCCUCCCCCCAAACAUGGCCAACCUGCCGCCCAACAUGGCCAAUCUGCCUCCCAAUAUGCCUCCCAACAUGCCGCCCAACAUGGCCAACCUACCACCAAACAUGCCGCCCAACAUGAACUACCUGCCACCCAACAUGAACCCCCUCAUGCCCAACAUGAUGAACCUGCCCCCUCCUCCCUUCAUGAUGAAAAUGAAAAACCAAAUAAAUGGCGCUGGACCGGGGAUGAAUGGCAUGCCGUAUUACUUCCUCCCCAGUGGGGCACACAUGGGAAACUACGCACAAACAGGAAUGGAGGACAUGACGGACCCGUUCGGAAACAAUAUGAGUCACCUGCCUCCACCCAUGUACCUUAACGAAAGUGGAGGAGCGGAAGAUUAUUAUCCCUACAAUAACGAUGAGGAGGACUACAUGAGAGGGGAGAGGAGGCACAAUGGAGAGGACAUGCACGAUGAAUACAUAUCACGAAGCGAACGAAGGAAAAGAAGAAGAAGGAGGAGACAUUAUGACGAAGAAAGCUAUUAUGCCAAAAUGAAAUAUAACCAAAUGGAAGAAACAGUAGAAAAGACAGUUGAGAAGGAGGUCAUUCAAGAGCCAACUGAAUUUAACAUAAUGAAAGAAAAGGCACGAAAAUGGAAAAUGAUAAAUAAUAAAAAAUAUUCAAAAAAAAAAAAAUUUGGAGUGAUGGAAGAAAAAGAAGAAAUGCCAUGUGAACAUCUCAGAAAAAUAGUCAAAGAACAUGGAGACAUGAGUAACAAAAAGUACAGAUAUGAUAAGAGAGUAUACUUGGGUGCUUUGAAAUAUGUGCCACAUGCAGUUUUUAAGUUACUAGAGAAUAUCCCCAUGCCUUGGGAACAAAUUAAGAACACAAAGGUAAUCUAUCACAUUACUGGGGCCAUUACCUUCGUGAAUGAAAUUUUCGUCGUCAUAGAUCCUCUGUACAUUGCUCAAUGGGGAACCAUGUGGAUUAUGAUGAGAAGAGAAAAAAGAGAUAGAAAACAUUUCAAAAGAAUGAGAUUCCCCCCCUUCGAUGAUGAAGAGCCUCCACUCGAUUAUGCAGAUAAUAUUCUAGAUAUAGAACCGUUAGAAUGCAUACAAAUGAAAUUAGACAAAGAUGAGGACAGAAGUGUUAUCGACUGGUUUUACGACUCAAAACCUUUGCUAUAUGAUCGGAAUCACAUUUUGGGAACUAGCUAUAAAAAGUAUAAAUUAAGUUUGGAACAAAUGGGGGUCCUCUACAGAUUAGGAAACCAACUCUUUAGCGAUUUUCAGGAUGAUAAUUAUUUUUAUUUGUUUAACUUGAAGUCUUUCUACACUGCCAAGGCGUUAAAUAUGGCCAUACCAGGUGGACCAAAAUUCGAACCCUUGUACAGAGACAUAUACGAAGAUGAUGAAGACUGGAAUGAGUUUAAUGAUAUUAACAAAAUUAUUAUACGUCAACAAAUUAGAACGGAAUACAAAAUUGCCUUCCCUUAUUUGUAUAAUAAUAGGCCAAGAAAAAUUGCUGUUAGUAAGUACCACUCUCCUAUGUGUGUCUACAUCAAGUUGGAGGACAUAGAUCUACCCCCUUUCUACUUCGACCUUAUUAUCAAUCCCAUUCCAUCUUACAAAAUCAGAAAAUUUGAGAACCCAGAGAGGGAGAAAAAACUCCUAGAUGACUUCUAUCUCAUUUUUACAAGAAAGGAGGUACACUACCAGCAGGUGCAUGCCCGCGGAAGAAAUGGGACCAAUUCUAGUCACAGUAAAAAUCGGAGAAGGGAGCAUUCCAGGGAUGAUCCCACAAGCGAGUAUAGUAGUGAUGGGAGCGCUGCGAGUAGUGAGCGAGAAGGAAGGGCAACUCAUUCCAGACGCAGAAAUGGUAGGGUUAACAAAAACGAGAGGGAAAAGUACUCGAGAGAACGAGGAAGCAAGCGAGGAGAUAAACGUGACUCCAGGCGGGACAAAAAAGGUGACUAUCACUCCAGCCAUGAUGCGACCCUGUCAGAUGACUACCAGGAUGACCGUCAUCAGGAGAACAGCGACAGGACAACGUACAGGAAUGGUGGAAGUAAAAGUAGGCGAAGGGCCAGCGAGAAGGGCAGCCAGCACCACCGCAGCAGCGAUGACAACAGCGACACGAACGUUUGCAGCAGCAAGUAUAGGGACGAGGACCAGGUAGACAAUAGCACGAUAGAGAACUAUUCGGGGGAUAACAGCUCCAGGACGGGUUACCCCAGGGGCGGCAAAAAGAGGAGGAACCCCUACGAUGGGGAUGAAGGCGGCGAUUGUGGCGAAGAUAACCGUGACGAAGAUAACCACGAUGAUGGUAACCGUGGCGAAGAUAACCACGACGACGGUAACCGCGGGCCGAAGCAGCUCGAAGCCAAACGGCAAGAAGCCACAACUCCGAAUAAGCUCAAAAUAGUAGUCAAAAAUGUGCAGUACGGAAUGCUGCCCCUGUUGCACGAGUACCCCCUCUACACGGAAAGAACCAUCAACGGAAUUCAACUCUACCAUGCCCCCUACCCAUUUAACAAAAAAUGCGGAUACACAAGGAGAGGAAUAGACAUCCCCCUAGUGCAGUCCUGGUUCAAAGAACACAUAUCGACCAAGUAUCCAGUCAAGGUGAGGGUCUCCUACCAAAAGCUACUCAAAUGUUGGGUACUAAACCAUCUGCACUCCAAGAGACCAAAAAGUAUGAAAAAAAAGUAUCUAUUUAGAAUAUUUAAAAGUACCAAAUUUUUCCAGUGCACAGAAAUGGAUUGGGUCGAAGUAGGUCUACAGGUAUGUAGACAAGGAUACAAUAUGCUCAAUUUGUUAAUCCAUAGAAAAAAUUUGAACUACCUUCAUUUGGAUUACAAUUUCAAUUUGAAACCAGUCAAAACGUUAACCACCAAGGAGAGGAAGAAGUCUCGUUUUGGGAACGCCUUUCACCUGUGCAGAGAAAUCCUAAGACUAACCAAAUCGAUAGUAGAUUCGCAUGUUCAAUAUAGACUUGGAAAUAUUGAUGCGUAUCAACUGGCCGAUGGCAUACAGUAUAUAUUUUCCCACGUGGGUCAACUGACUGGAAUGUAUAGAUAUAAAUAUAGACUUAUGAGACAAGUAAGAAUGUGUAAAGAUUUGAAGCAUUUAAUUUAUUACAGAUUUAACACAGGGUCUGUAGGGAAAGGUCCUGGUUGUGGAAUGUGGGCACCUCUGUGGAGAGUGUGGAUUUUCUUCCUUAGAGGAGUUAUACCCUUGUUAGAAAGAUGGCUGAGUAAUUUACUGGCGAGACAAUUCGAGGGAAGAGUCUCCAAAGGGAUUGCUAAAACGGUUACCAAGCAAAGGGUUGAAAGUCACUUUGAUUUAGAACUCAGAGCAGCUGUCAUGCAUGAUAUAAUCGAUAUGAUUCCUGCUGGAUUGAAAAAUAAUAAAGGAAAAGCUAGACUCAUUUUGCAACAUCUUAGCGAAGCAUGGAGAUGUUGGAAAGCCAAUAUCCCUUGGAAGGUCGUCGGGUUGCCUCUCCCUGUGGAAAAUAUGAUCAUUCGAUAUAUUAAGUUGAAGGCAGAUUGGUGGAUUAACGCUACUUACUAUAAUAGGGAGAGGAUUAAGAGAGGGGCUACUGUGGACAAAACGGUGUGUAAGAAAAAUCUAGGUAGGCUAACCAGACUCUGGCUGAAGGCUGAACAGGAAAGGCAGCAUGAAUACUUAAAGGAUGGUCCUUACGUCACAGGAGAAGAAGCCGUCGCACUGUACACCACGGCAAUUCACUGGUUUGAAUCGCGUAAAUUUACACACAUUCCUUUUCCUCCACUGAAUUAUAAGCAUGACACCAAGUUACUCAUUUUGGCUCUAGAGAAACUGAAGGAAACCUUUACCGUUAAAAAUAGACUAAACCAAUCGCAGAGGGAAGAACUCGGCUUCAUAGAACAGGCGUACGACAACCCGUAUGAAACGCUGUCUAGAAUAAAAAGGCACCUACUCACUCAGAGAGCAUUCAAAGAAAUAUCCAUCUCGUUCCUAGACCUAUACACACACUUAGUGCCUGUGUACGAAGUAGACCCGCUAGAAAAAAUUACAGACGCUUACCUAGACCAGUAUCUGUGGUAUGAGGGAGACCUAAGAAAUUUAUUUCCCAAUUGGGUUAAGCCCUCCGACAACGAACCCCAGCCAUUACUAGUCUAUAAAAUGUGUCAGGGGAUAAAUAACCUACACAACAUUUGGGAAACCAAAAACAAUGAAUGCCUGGUAAUGCUCCAAACACAGUUCAGUAAAAUAUACGAGAAAAUCGAUUUGACUCUCCUGAACAGAUUGCUACGUUUGAUUGUGGACCAUAACAUUGCCGAUUACAUAACCGCAAAGAACAAUACAAAUAUUACCUUUAAAGAUAUGAACCAUAUAAACUCCUUUGGGAUUAUUCGAGGACUACAAUUCUCUUCCUUUGUAUUUCAAUACUACACCAUUAUUAUCGAUUUACUCAUCCUAGGGUUGACAAGAGCGUACGACAUUGCUGGUCCGUAUAACGACGUGAACCCUUUUCUUAGCUACCAGAAUGUGCGUGUGGAGACGAGACAUCCGAUCAGACUGUACUGUAGAUAUGUAGACAAAAUUUGGAUCCUCUUCAAAUUUUCCAAUGAAGAAUCCAAAGAAUUGAUACAAAAAUUUUUAACAGAAAAUCCAGACCCAAAUAAUGAAAAUAUCGUUGGUUAUAAUAACAAGACUUGCUGGCCAAGGGACUGUCGAAUGAGAAAAAUGAAGCAUGAUGUUAAUCUGGGCAGAGCAACAUUCUGGGAAAUUCAAAAUAGAAUCCCCAGAUCGUUGACUUCGCUAGAUUGGGAUCAUCACAAUACCUUUGUGAGCGUCUAUUCGAAGGACAACCCUAAUUUACUUUUCACCAUUGCCGGAUUUGAAGUCCGCAUUUUGCCAAAAAUAAGGCAACUUUCGUACGGCAUUAACAUGUAUACUACGUAUAUAAAUGAGUAUGGAAAGAAGGACCACCCCAGUAAGGAGACUUCCUCAUCCACCACAAAUGCGGAUCAAUCCGGGGGAGGAGAAAAAAACGUGGUCAUAUCAUCCAGCGAAAAGGAAGGCACAUGGAAGCUGCAAAACGAAGUUACCAAAGAAAUCACUGCAGAGGCGUACCUAAAAGUUUCAGAAAAUAGCAUGAAGAGAUUUGAAAAUCGAGUCAGACAAAUUUUAAUGUCAUCAGGAAGUACCACAUUUACCAAAAUUGCAAACAAAUGGAAUACCACCCUCAUCGGAUUGAUGACCUAUUUCAGAGAGGCCGUCUUAGACACAGAAGAGUUGUUAGACCUGCUAGUAAAAUGUGAAAAUAAAAUACAAACUCGUAUAAAGAUAGGUCUAAAUUCGAAGAUGCCUUCUCGUUUUCCCCCAGUGGUAUUCUACACACCUAAAGAAUUGGGUGGCCUAGGAAUGCUCUCCAUGGGGCAUAUAUUAAUCCCAGAGUCGGAUCUACGUUAUAUGAAGCAAACGGACAGUGGGAAAAUUACUCAUUUUAGAGCCGGUCUAUCCCACGAAGAAGACCAACUGAUCCCUAACCUGUAUAGAUACAUCUCCACCUGGGAAAGUGAAUUUUUAGAGAGCCAACGAGUAUGGUGUGAAUACGCACUUAAGAGAAAUGAAUGCCACAAUCAAAAUAAGAAAAUCACAUUGGAAGAUUUAGAAGACUCUUGGGAUAAAGGUAUCCCCAGAAUUAAUACCCUCUUUCAGAAAGACAGACAUACUUUGGCAUACGACAAGGGGUGGAGAAUAAGGCAACUCUUCAAGCAAUAUCAAAUUAUUAAGAGUAAUCCCUUUUGGUGGACCAACCAGAGACACGAUGGGAAGCUGUGGAAUCUGAACAACUAUCGAACGGACAUGAUUCAAGCCCUGGGAGGAGUUGAAGGGAUACUAGAGCAUACACUAUUUAAAGGUACCUUCUUCCCCACAUGGGAAGGACUAUUUUGGGAGAAGGCCAGCGGAUUUGAAGAAUCUAUGAAAUAUAAGAAGCUAACCAAUGCGCAGAGAAGUGGACUGAACCAAAUUCCAAAUAGAAGAUUUACCCUGUGGUGGUCUCCAACAAUCAAUCGUGCAAAUGUAUACGUAGGGUUCCAAGUGCAGUUAGACCUAACAGGUAUAUUCAUGCAUGGAAAAAUUCCCACACUGAAAAUAUCGCUCAUCCAGAUAUUUAGAGCACAUUUGUGGCAGAAGAUUCACGAAUCGCUAGUUAUGGAUAUUUGUCAAGUCUUCGAUUUGAAUUCGGAUCUGCUCGAAAUCGAAACGGUGCAGAAGGAGACCAUCCACCCGAGGAAGUCCUAUAAAAUGAAUAGCUCCUGUGCGGAUAUUCUCCUCUUUGCCAAUUACAAAUGGGGUAUUUCAAAACCGUCUCUACUCUCAGAUGAAGAUAACAUUUUUCUGAACAAUUUGGAAAUUAAAUCGAACAGUUCGAUAGCCUUGGGGUCUUAUCCCUACACGUCCAAUCAGUACUGGAUUGACAUUCAGCUCCGAUGGGGAGACUUCGAUUCCCAUGACAUUGAAAGGUACAGCCGAGCCAAGUUCCUAGAUUACACCACAGAUAAUUUAUCUAUAUAUCCAUGCCUCACGGGGGUCCUAAUAGGAGUAGACUUGGCAUACAAUCUAUACUCUGCAUAUGGAAACUGGUUUAACAAUCUCAAACCGUUGAUGCAGAAGGCGCUACAGAAAAUUAUUCAGUCGAACCCCUCGCUCUACGUGCUCAGGGAAAGAAUUCGAAAAGGACUUCAACUAUAUUCAUCAGAACCCACAGAACCGUAUCUAAAUACUCAAAAUUAUAAUGAGCUUUUCUCAUCUCAGACCAUCUGGUUUGUGGAUGAUACCAACGUUUACCGAGUUACCAUCCAUAAGACCUUUGAAGGGAAUCUUACCACCAAGCCGAUUAAUGGUGCCAUCUUCAUUUUGAACCCAAAGACAGGACAGCUCUUUUUAAAAAUUAUCCACACAUCUGUAUGGAUUGGACAGAAGCGUUUAUCCCAGCUAGCCAAAUGGAAAACAGCAGAGGAAGUGGCUUCCCUAAUUAGGUCUCUCCCUAUAGAAGAACAACCAAAACAAAUUAUCGUAACCAGAAAAGGAAUGCUAGAUCCGUUGGAAGUGCAUUUGCUAGAUUUUCCCAAUAUUAUAAUAAAAGGAACGGAGUUGAAUCUCCCAUUUCAAGCCUUACUAAAGCUGAACAAAAUAGGAGACCUCAUCUUAAAGGCAACCCAGCCACAGAUGCUUCUGUUCAAUUUGUAUGACGAUUGGCUAAAUACAAUUUCGUCCUUCACAGCAUUUAGUAGACUAAUCCUCAUACUGAGAAGUUUACACAUAAAUCCACAGCAAACAAAAAUACUCCUGCAACCGAAUAAAAACAUAGUAACACAGCCUCAUCAUAUAUGGCCCUCCUUCAACAAUAACCAGUGGAUUAAUUUAGAAGUCCAACUUAAAGACCUAAUUCUUAACGAUUAUGCGAAGAGAAACAAUGUACAUAUCGCCUCACUAACUCAGAACGAAAUAAGGGACAUCCUGUUAGGUAUGGAAAUAACUCCUCCAUCCAUACAGAGGCAGCAAAUUGCAGAACUAGAAAAAAACAAUUUAGAUAACAUAGAACAACAAAUGAAGGUUACGACGUCAAAAACAACCACGAAACAUGGAACGGAAAUGAUCGUCUCAACGUUAUCCCCUCAUGAACAGCAGACAUUCACAACAAAGACUGAUUGGAAAAUACGAUACCUUGCGAAUAACUCUCUACUCUUUAGAACCAAAAAUAUUUACGUCAAUAAUAGUUCACUAAAGAGUGUAUCUCAAGAAGGAGGAAACAACGGUGUGAAUACCAUCAGCUCCAUUAACGAUUACACAUACGUUAUUGCCAAAAAUUUACUUGAAAAAUUUAUUUGCAUUUCCGAUUUGAAAAUACAAAUUGGCGGUUUUCUGUAUGGUUCUUCCCCACCUGACAACUCGUAUGUGAAGGAGAUCAAAUGCAUUCUUAUCCCCCCACAGAUUGGGAACUACCAAUCUGUUACUUUGUCAAAUUAUCUCCCCUCGAGUAAAUAUUUAGAUAAUUUAGAACUCCUGGGGUGGAUUCAUACUCAGACCACCAACUGCUCCAACACGUCUAACCACUUAACGACUUACGACAUGGUUGCACAUUUAUCAUUUCUACAAGAGUGUAAAGUCAGGAAGAAGAAAAAAGCAGAUGGAGCAGGGGGAACCUACUCCGAUGAAGACAUCGCACCUGAGGAUAAUGCUAAUGACGAUAGUGGAGAGUUCUCCAAAAUAUGGGACAAAAAUAAAACGAUAAUUCUUACUUGUUCAUUUACUCCAGGUAGCUGUACCAUCAAUGCUUACAAAUUAACAGAUGAUGGUUAUACCUUUGCGAAGAGUAAACAAAAUUCAGCUGAUCUGUAUGCCUACCCGAAUGCCACUAAUCUGUAUGAACAAGUUCAGAUUUUACUCUCCAAUGUCUUUGUUGGUUUCUUUUUAAUCCCCGAUGAUAAUAUAUGGAACUACAAUCUGAUGGGUAUCAAAUUUAACAAUAAUCAAAAAUACGCUGCGCUGUUGGACAUCCCUCAACCCUUUUACUCUGACAUACACAGGCCCAACCACUUUCUCCAGUUUUCCCUGCUUGAUCAGCACGACGGGGAUGAGGCGGAUGUCGAGACGUCGUUCAUUUGA